AUGGACAACAUCUCCUCUGCUGUGACUGCUGGGAGCUUCUCCCCCAGGACAAACUCUUUUCACCCGGCCUGGUACCUGCCCGAGUCCACCGGCUCAGGAAACGUCUUCAUUAGCGACAACGGCACCAUACCUCCCUGCAGGAGCGCAGGUCCGAACGCAAACCUGCUCGUCCUUUCCCUUCCAGUGUACUUCUCCAGCAGCAACUUUUACGCCAUCCAAAUUGCAAUAAAAUAUCCAACAAGUCAAUCAGAUUUGGUAUAUGCCCUGGAAAGGGAACUGGAGCAGUUCGCCAAGCAGUUCAAGCAGCGGCGCAUCAAACUGGGAUUUACCCAAGCGGACGUGGGGCUGGCGCUGGGCACCCUCUACGGCAACGUCUUCUCGCAGACCACCAUCUGCCGCUUCGAGGCCCUGCAGCUCAGCUUCAAGAACAUGUGCAAGCUGAAGCCUUUGUUGAACAAGUGGUUGGAGGAGGCGGACUCCUCCUCGGGCAGCCCCACCAGCAUAGACAAGAUCGCGGCGCAGGGCCGCAAGCGGAAAAAGCGCACCUCCAUCGAGGUGAGCGUCAAGGGCGCGCUGGAGAGCCACUUCCUCAAGUGCCCCAAGCCCUCCGCCCAGGAGAUCACCUCGCUCGCGGACAGCCUACAGCUGGAGAAGGAGGUGGUGAGAGUGUGGUUUUGUAACAGGAGACAGAAAGAGAAGCGCAUGACUCCCCCGGGAGGGACGCUGCCGGGCGCCGAGGACGUGUACGGGGCCAGCAGGGACACGCCGCCGCACCACGGGGUGCAGACCCCCGUGCAGUGA